AUGGAGUGCACGGAAGAGAGUUUCAAGUCCAGCUCCUCACCGCCGCUGGACAUGUUCAACAUAGCCUCCCCAACCAGGGGCCUUCCAUUCGCUAUGAUGAAAUCGUUGUCCUACUUCUCCCCAUCAUCCUAUUUCUUCUUUUUCUUCUUCGUGCCUAUUCACCAUAAGUUGCAACACCAACGUGGUAUGAUAAAACGUUCUCUUUUGCAGACGGAUGACGACGUCUGCUACGGUUGCGGACUGCACAUCGCAGACCGGUUUCUGCUCAAGGUGAACGACCAGUCAUGGCACGUGCAGUGUCUGCGCUGCUGCGUGUGUCACGUGGCGCUGGACCGACAGAACACGUGCUUCAUGCGCGAGGACAACAUCUACUGCAGGCUUGACUAUGCCAGAGAGUUCGGUGCAAAAUGUGCGAAAUGCUUCCGGUCCAUCCAGCCGACGGACUGGGUGCGCCGCGCACGCGAGCACGUGUAUCACCUCGCAUGCUUCGCGUGCGACACGUGCAAGCGGCAACUGUCGACGGGCGAGGAGUUUGCGUUGCACGGUAGCAAGGUUCUGUGCAAACCUCACUACUUGGACGUGCUGGAAGGCGGGCCACAUAAGGAUUCCGAUGCGUCACAGAAAACCAAAACCAAACGAGUGCGGACAACGUUCACAGAAGAACAGAUUCAGGUUUUGCAAGCCAACUUCCAGCUGGACUCAAACCCGGAUGGUCAGGACCUGGAGCGAAUCGCGCAGAUCACGGGCCUGAGCAAGCGCGUGACACAGGUCUGGUUCCAGAACUCUCGUGCGCGCCAGAAGAAACAACAACAACAACACACCGGAAAUCACUCCAGUCCGGGCUCUCUGACGUCACAAAAGAUGGAGAUGGAUGCUGAGUCCGUCACCCCGGACGUCUUCCACAUUGCUGUGAUUGCUGUCUUCCCCAAGAUGCAGCGGUCUCGUCAACCGCUUUAUAUCGUCGGGAGUUCGCUGACCCGUACCUGCCAGAGGUCCCGUCUGUAG